CUCUCUCUCUCUCUCUCUCUCUGUCUCUCUCUCUCUUUCACCCACACCCACACUCUCAGUGACGCAAAUCUUCUCAUGAACAGUUGACGACUUGACGAUAGCCAAGCAUCCUGCCUCUGAAGAUGGACUUUGACUAUCAAACAAUUAAAGAAGAGGAAUCUCGUCAGAGGGAAGAGCGAAUCAGCUCUCUCCCAGUCCUCCAUCCAAAACCCAUGCCUCGGCUAUGUACUGCAACAGAAGCUCCGCCAAGUAAACCGAAGCCUCCAAUUAAACCCAGACGCAGCAUCAAAUGCCAUGCCAACACACAGCCAGGAUCAGGAGGGUCACACAUCCAGACCAAUCAGACGGAGAAUGUAGAACGGAAGCGAAUUGCUCCAUCACAGGUGCUGAACCCUAUAGUGCCCCUGGAUGCUCAGACUCCAUCUCUGCAAGCUCAUAAUCUGCUGUGGUUUCAGAGAACGCAGCUGCCUCGGCUGCCAAAACCCGUGCCUUGCUGGCUCCAUGGCUUUGCUACACGCAGGGAAGCAGAGCAGCUACUGCAGGAAAAGCAGCAGGGCUGUUUCCUGUUGAGGCUUAGUGAGUCAAAGGUUGGCUUUGUGCUCUCUUAUAGAGGUGUAGACAAGUGCCGUCACUUCAUCGUAGAGGAAGAAGAUGACGCAUCUGGAAAUGAAAGCCGAUACGUCAUAGCUGGAGAGAACAGCAAGCAUUGCAGUCUUGAGGAACUGAUAAACUACUAUAUCGACAAUCCAGUGGGGCCUUUUAAUGAAAGGCUCACUGUGCCUUGCUUACAGGCCAACAGCAUCUGGGAGGAUAAAGCAAAUCUGGAAGAGAGAACCAAAGCAGAAAAUGAUGAAGAAAGAAAAGCCACUCCACCCUGUAGCAAAGAAUACCCUCCUCAGUCAGCACAGUACGCUGUAGUGAGAAAAGCACUGAAGAAGUCUCACUCUUUAUCCGAGUGUGUGACUGUACCCGACAUGCUGCCACUUGUCCAAGAAAAUACAGAUAGUGGAACAAAAACUGAGAACAACACACCAGAGGCUGGGUUCGCCAACGCGGACAUGUGUGUAGGAGGAGACGUCGCCCACCCUAUAGAUGCCCCUUACGCACGUGUCAACAAACCCCAGCGGCCAGCACAGCCUUCGUCCUUCGACCACAUGAAUGCCAGUGCAUGGGCUGCAUCAGCAGCCAUGGAGUCUCAGUCCUUCCCCAGUUUUGCAGCUGUAGCAGAGCAGAAAUACUGUGAACUAGAGCCUAUGCAUACGUAUGAGGAGGCUCUGCACACACGCACUCACGAAAAUCAGAUUGAUUUCUAUGCGGUGGGGCGGCACAGAGAAAACACAAGGGAUGAAGAUUUCCCUGCCAAUCACGUCUACUCAGAGGUCAACAUUAAAGGGACCAGAGAUGACCCCAUGUCGGCUUCUCCGCCAGUAUGGACGGGCACGACAUUCAUCUCUACCCAGUCUUCCACAAGGCCCAUUCCUAGACUGCCUCCAAGAUCUUCCCUUAGACCUGCACAUGCUCCAGCACGAGCCGAGAGCAGCGCUCAGAAUGUUGGUGUUUCAGCUUUAAGGAAUCCACCCUCUUACCCAUCCGAGCAAAUGCUGGCAGAAAACUCGGAUCUCUCCAUAUAUGAGCAGAUUCCAGAAAGACAGAAUAAAUCCAGACCUCCAUUACCACCUCUGAACUCCAGACGCUAACUCUAGGUCAUCUCAUCCUGACAUCAAACCCUUUCUACUACAAAAUCCAUCUUUCACAAUGAAUAUUGUAUCUACUCACAGAAAAAGAUCAACAAUGCCUUCAAAAACAUACAGGAAUCACCUGGUGCAUUCAGUGCUGUACAUUACAAUGCUUCCGGUUAUCCUGUUCAGAUGCCACUUCAGUGUUUCUCACCAAACAAAUAUAUUUAAUAUCAUAUACUGCAUGUUUAUUUGCAUAAAUAUUAGUCUUUUUCAUCUCAGUCUUUGAAAAUGAAUUGUAUAUAAUGAGGAUUUAUAUCUACUAUAGUAUCAGUUGGAAUAUCAGAUUUAUAUGUAGAAUCACUAUUAAAAGUAUUUUAGAUAAACUUUGUAUUGUUUUGGGCUAUAAAAUUAACAUCAACUAGUUUGUUAAUGUUUUUUCCUUUGAGUCUUUAAAUGUGUAGACUACAGAACUUCUACCAGUGGUGAAUAAACUACUGUUAUCCUA